AUGGGACCUCCUGGUUGGGUUGCAUUGCAUCUCCCCGUCCAAUAUCUUUUGUCUCCGCAAGGUGUUCAUGGGCUCCUUCUGCCGGUUCCUGGCCAUGGUCAAAAGUCUGGUGCUUUUGCUUUGAUUGCAGGCGCGCAAGGACCCCAUUCCACUCUGCCUCACAAAGAAGACGUCUGGAACAUUAAAGCCAUGGACUCAAUGCUACAUAAAGCGGCUACGCUACAAGCUACCAGUAGACAUGUACCACCAGACCAGACACGCCUCGCCGGCAAGAGCCAAGUCUGCACCUGCCGCGCGGGAGCUUCAGCUGCGGCGUCUUGGCUUGCUGGCCUGCAUCAAUACUACUUCCAGUCCAGUCCACUCUACUGCUGGUGGGGUUACAUUUCCAUGGUCAACAUUGAACUGGUCCCUCUCAUGCUUCCAGUCCCUCUCCAUCCAAUUUUUGUCCUCACGCACACGUUCGCCAUGGUUCUUUGA